AGAACGACGACCAGUUUAUCUGUUGGCAGUGAGCAGCGGACAGAUCGUUUUAAUCGCGAAGCCACUGAUAACCGAAACGCUAAAAGCGGCAGAAGUGAAGUUCCUCGAGUACCGUGGCGAACGUCGAAAUUAUCUCCAGCGGAAGAAUGUUUAAAAUUCUAGUGAUCAUUGAAAUAUUUGGCUCCAUCUUUUGCGGUGCAUUAACGAACGCCUCUUACAUGGCGAAUAAUUUCGACACGCAGAAACUUUAUCCGGUUGCUGCUAGAACUAUUCCUGGAUUCAAUGAUAUAUUCACUGAUAUUCAAAGAAAAAGUUAUUACACCGGGCAUGCAACAGCAAUGACGCCGACUUAUUAUCCUCUUUUUGAUCCUCUGAGCGUGCUAGCGUCACUGGCAUUCUUAGCUUUCUUGUUGCAAUCCAUCGCAUCGUUGUUCGAUCAUUCGAGAUCAAUGGCUUCGACAAGGGUCACAUCCAGGCAGUUCAUGGAACUGAAAAUGUUGACGUUAGUCACGCAAAUGCUUCACGCUUUAGAAAAAUACGACAAGCAUCAUAAAGGAAAAUUAUCUGCGAGCACGAAACGUAAGAUGGUAUAAUUAUCGGAGAACUUCAGAAUUCAAUGUUAACUGUGAAUAUAAAAUUCGUAUCCUGCAAUAAUAUCAUUUCGUUUGCCAUAUUACGCAUCCCGAUGAAAUUUUGAUAUAUUUACCGUACUCCAGUUGCAACGUACACACGUGGGUUACUGCAAGUUUCGGGAAAAUAUGGGACAAGUCACAAAUGAGUUUCAGCUAAUGCUUCUAAUGUUUCGCCAAAUAUUCUCCUUCAACAGUAACACAUUUUCCAUUGCGUUGUUUCAGCAGUUUCUAACCUUAAAAAUGUGAAACUUUACGAAAGUAACUGAAUGUCGUGGACUCCCGAAAAUUUUGCAUUAACCUACGUAUUAAUUGUCUAUGGGCCAACUUUCUUUUCGUGAUAACAAAAUUUGUGCAGUAGGAAAUUAAUAAAUAUCAACCUAUAAAUACAAAUUAACGAUGUAUUCCAUGGAUUUAAUAUUUUCAUUAAAACGAAUAUAUCUUGUAACUCUAAAGUUACAAUGACGUUGAACUUUUACUGUGUGUUUAAAAGUUUAAGUUGAUUAAUUACUCAAUUUCAUUCGGUAUUUUGCGGUAGAACAUUAAGUAAAUCAACGAGAUUUCAGUAGUCACCAUGGGUAUAUAGAUGAUUAAGGUGGAAUUUAACACUAGAACUACCAGACGAGUCAAAAUGACUUAUUCCUGACUUCUUUCCGCAAUUAUUAAAAAGAUAACAAAUGUUUCUCUGUAAAAUUAUUAAAGAAUAUGAUUUACGCCAACUGAAUUGUAUGAUAAUUCUCAAUAGAUACAUUCUUGGAGUUUCUAUGAAGAAAUUUCAAACAGUUUAACUGCUCGGUAGUUUUUGUGUUAAAUGAUUCCACUGUACGUAUACGAUGUACUAUAGAAAGCGUCUGCUGCGUUAAAAGAUUCAACAGAGACCGCAAAUAAUUGAUAAGAUUAUUAUUCCACUAGCUCUCACGUUUCGUUGAUGUCCAUGUAAUUUCAGUUUAUGUAGUCCCGUUUAUAUAUCGUCUUAUACAAGGAUAUUAAGUUCCCCAUUCAGCGAUCAUCUUUACGUUAUAUCUCUACGAUAUCCCUUCAUGGACAUUUAAAAACGAUUAGAAGGUUAUUAUACGGAGCCAUUACCUAACAUUCGAAAUACAAACUUUAUCUGUGCUAUUAAUAAAUUCCAAUUAAUUUGUAACUACCCUAUACAUGUAAAUAAAAUAUUGAUCUUAAAAAUUCAUUGAUAUUCUUACGAGUAAUCAAUGGUAUUUCAAGCAUAUGCGAAGUAUUACCUUUAUGACUGAUAAUGAAGCAAAGGUGAUUAUAAAAAGCUGUUACAUCAGAAUUUGAAAUACUAAUGUUA